AUGACCAAUAAUGGCAAGGAGACCACGACCAGCGUUACAGCCCCAGCGGUGGUGGUGACCGGGCCGAACAGCGAUCUCAACAUCCUGAUGAUACCAAAUCUCCAGAACAGGCUAAAAGUUAUGGCGCGUCAUCCACACUGCUAUCUCAAGCGAAGCUCUACCUGUUCGCCAAUGACAUUCCUGAGGAACAUCGCGUCAAGCCAGGAUAAACUGGUUCAGAACAUGGUCGAGGAACUGAAGUUCAUCCGAGUUCUCACCAAGGCGCUUGCUGAAAGCGAGGAGGUCAAGGCGAUCGUUAACUCCCUCAAGAUUGCGGGUACACGGCCGAAGCCCUCGCUUUGGUGUCAGAUGUCGGCUGGUUCGGCCAGCAACCAAAAGGUUCUCCAGUCUGCCUUUGAUCAGGUGACAAAUGCAAAGCUUCACGUGGAAUGCUGCGACGAUGACUAUAGCAAGGCCCUAGCGAUCGACAAGUCCUUCGUCACCGAGCUGGCCAAAAAGUUCUGCGAGGGGAGUCCAAACAAGAAGAGUGCAAAUAUUUCGUAA